CCUGCGUGCGUGCAGUGUGUGAUUUACGGUCUCGCCGGUCGCCAACCUGCAACCGCCGUCGUCGUGGUCGUCGUCGUCGUCGUCCGGGUCCGCGUGGUCCGAGUGUGUGCGCGCUCGCCGUGUGUCCAACAAUUUGCGCGGAACCUUUUUUCUCGUCUGCUCAUCAAGUGCGUACUUUGCGAAGRACGCGGCACGUAGUAUAAUAUCAUAAAUAUAUACUUACACAUUACGAUAGUGUCGGGCACGGCGUAAGAUAAUAAAUAUUUUUUUCAAAUUUUAUUCUACCCGAGUUUUGGAUUACACUAGCCGCCGUGUCUGAAACGCACGCACCAUCUCCUGGUUCACGCUCACCGGUCAUGUGGAACAAAUCGUCAGGCGUAAAAACGUUUAAUCAACGUGACUGUCAGCCAUCAUAUACAUAUUUGCUGCAGACGCGGUUUAAUGGAUAUCGACGCGUAUAAUUCAGAUGACUCAAGUCAGUGCACGAUGUACCAAAUUGAACUGUCACCGUCUCGUUCUGUGAUUACAAACGACAGUCGUUCGCACGUCGGAUCGGACACACGUGUUUCCGCGUUGAAAAUGUGAUUAUUGGGUGCACGACCUGCAGGUGAAAUACCGUUUGGACCUAAUUUCGAUUUCACAAUAUUAUGGACGUAGCGUCCACCGAUUAUCUAAAGACUGCACUGUAUUCGGGAGACAAUGGCUCGGACACGGGUAACCGAGACAGCCUCCGACUAAUGGAGCUUGGGCUCCACCUGGAGACCCUUCACGACGGAUCGCAUCGGCUUAACACGUCAGUGGACCAUCUGUUGAACGACCCGUCUCUGUCAGAGAGGAAUAACAACGAAUUCACAUUCGCCAAUAACAACAAUAACAACAGCAACAAYAACAACAACAAUAACAGUUUCGAGACGAUCAUUAGUGGUGACCACGGGUUCGACUUGGACUGCACACCCAGCUCGUUUAACGACAAAUCUGACAUUGUAGACCAAUGGCGGACGUUAAACACGGACGGUGCCAUCUACACGGUGGAGGUGGUGAACAACUCGGAUGGUGGCGUCGGCGAACCAUUGUGGUGCAUGCCCGCACUCACCGAACACCACCAGGACACCAACGCAGUAAGCAACUUCGACGAAACGCUGUUGUCGAUGAACGGGUCGGACUCCUCGGACCAGGUGGGCUCUGGCAGGUACAUCAAACAGGAACCUUUGCGGGAGUACAUCAAACAGGAACCGUUGACGGAGUACAUCAAACAGGAACCGCUGCAAGAGUACAUCAAACAGGAAUCCGCUGAAUAUACGGGCGAUGAGCUUCUCCGGAACGCGUUGCUGGGCAAAACCAAUCAUAACCACCACCAGAGGUACGGCGACAAGGACGUCAAGCCAUCGGUGUCGACCGCAUCGGACAGCCAAAACUCGUCGCCGGGACCGCAGUCGAUGCAAGAUGUCGCGUCGUAUCCGUCGACGUCCACCGUGGAUAUGCAAGACGUGCUGGCGACGACCAGCACCUGCAGCAACGGCAUAAACGGCAACACGAUCGUCAUGAUCGACGACGACAUGCCGUCAAUGUCGCUGCUGGUGGCCGGCGACGGGGCCUCCGCGCAGAACGUUGAUGAUCUCCUCUUGCCAGACUUUGACUUCCAAUACAUCGAUGGCCUGGACAGCGACAUGUCUCAGUCGUUCCAGCAGUACUGCCCCACUAGUCAGGGGUUCGUGUCCUUCAUCGCCGCCGAGGUGGCGAACAUAUCGCAAAUCCCGUCCACGGUGGUGCUGGACCACCGAGAACUGGAACAGGUGUCCACGUCGUCGUCAUCGUCGCCACCAGUUCGGCCGGCCAAGAAGUACAACCGUCGUUCACACCACGCCAACGGCAAGACGAAACAGUCGGCUGGCGGUGGCCCUGGGACGUCGAUUGCAGGUUCGGGUGGUGGUGUGGGUGGCGGCAGUGGAUCAGCUUCGGCGUCGAGUGACGACCAGCCAGCCGGACAACCACCCGCCAAGAAAGAACGGUCGCUGCACCACUGUCACAUAUGCAGCAAAGGCUUCAAGGACAAGUACUCGGUGAACGUUCACAUACGCACCCACACCGGCGAAAAGCCAUUCAUGUGCACCGUGUGUGGCAAGAGCUUCCGGCAAAAGGCUCACCUGGCCAAGCACCAACACACACACACCACGCCUGCCAAACCAGCGCAAUCGCUGUCGUCCGUUUUGCAAUCCGUCAAAGGCAGCAGCGGAGGCGGCGGUAGGAGGUCCACAUCCAGAUAGCCCAGACCGCAGGCUGCAGUCAUGCCGACUAUCACCACCGAGUCACCAUCCUUACCAUCGCCACCACUAAACUCACCAUCGACAUUACCACCAUCUACCACCAAUCAUACCAAUACCAACGUCCAAACCACCUCCACCAUUGACCUCUGACCUAUAUUUCCUACGGCAGCCCGGAAACGCGUCUAAAACGAAUAAAAAAACGGGACGCAUUCCUCAUCCGCGUUGUUUGUAGUUAAACAUCCGUUUUGUGUGCAUCGCACGCAAAAUAAUAUUUAUUAUUAUAAUAAUAAUACGUUUAUUAUUAUUUUUAUUAUACGUUUUUAAGGCGAUCAUUGCAUGUGUGUGUGUGUGUACUGUAGAUCACUACACGCUAAACACACGCGUGCUUUGUUACGACGACUCGGCCAAUCUUUUUCUCUACCCGGAGAAAUCGUUUCUAAUGUGAUGAUUAAUAAGUUAACCUCAUUAAAGAAUAUUAAUGUAAUAAUAAUCGCUUUACGAAUCAAAAUAUUCAAAAGUAUUGUUUUUUUUACGUGUAACUUUUUUUUAAAAUAAUUUUUAAGUUUAUAUACGCUGUGUAGAUGAUAUAAUUUUUUUCUACAUUACAAUAAGAUUUACAUUUUCUUAACGAAUAAUUAUAAAACAUAAAUAAAAAUAAAUAUAUAGCAUAUUACGUAUACAAUCAAUACAUAGAGGUAGGUUUAUAAAUAUUUGAUUUAUAUUUAACAACAAAAUAUAAUUCUCGUGUACUAUUCCGUCCUGGGGCCUGUGAUAGAAAUGAACACAUUGCAGUUACAAUAAUGUUGCGAAACGAUAUUGAUGUAAUAUUAUUUAGUCACGUUUUUUGUGUAUUAUAAAAUAUAUAUAUAUAUCAUAAUAUUAUUAUUAUUAUUAUUAUUUUGUUGUUAUAAAAAUGUUUAGUUUUUAUGUUGUAUUCGUUUUAAUAUGCGUGUUAUAGGUGUUCCUAGUAAAGAUUACCUUGACACCGGACUUAAAUUAUUAAGAUAUCAUAUUAUUAAUAAUGUAUUAAACAUGCGUAUGUACGAAAGCAAAAUACAGUUUAAAAUAAACCUAGGUAAUUUAUUCGUGUUGCUUAAUUUUUUUAAGAAUUUUAGGCCUAUAAAACUUAAAUUGAAUUAAACAAAUUAGAAACAUAAGUAUUA